AUGAACCCCAGAAAACUACUGCUACUGGCUCUUGGAGCUGGCAUCGCCGAUGCAUUUAAGGACACCUCGCCAUUUGUCCUUCUUUCCACCUCAGACUUCCCCUCUUCUUCGUCGCAUAUCCAAUCCGCACAGUCUCUUUUCAGUGAUGUCUGGGACAGAUUAAAGACCUGCCCUUCGGAUUAUUAUAUCAUUGCGUCGCAGCCGGGCGUCCACGCAGCCGACUAUGCGAAUCAGAGAGCCACCCCUAGUCUUCGGGGAAAGGUGCUAGGAAAUGACAAGACAAUCCGCUCCAACAUAACGGUCACCGAGGUGACGGGUCUCCUGGAUCUGGCAUCUAUUCGAAAUAUAACAUUCCCUGUUCUGUCUUUGGAUGGGCAGCGCAUGCAAGAGCUCUCUGUUAACGACGCCUUCCUCGCAAAUGUUAUUGACCACAUCCCAUCUUCGAAAUAUACGCUUAUCUACACUACUUCUCCCCGCGAUUACAAAGAGCAAGAGAUGCACGUUCAUGACGAGCUCCGAGCCCAGGAACCGGUCCAUCAGGACUUGAGACGCGACUACGCAGAGUCCACCAGACAAGAAGAUACGAAUGAUAAUAGAUCGCUCUUUGAGAAAUACCAAUUUUUCAGCCCAGGUAUCUUUAUGGGCUUCCUUACUGCAUUCUUUCUUAUCACGAUUCUGUACGUUGGUGUCUCCGGGCUUUUGAGUCUGGAGGUCCCAUAUGCCGCUUUCGAAAAGGACACUUCGCCUGCAUCUCAGAAGAAGCAGCAAUGA